GCCGGGGGGCUGCGGGGCCGCGGGGACUCGCGACAGCGGCCUCGGGGCUGUGGGGCCGCGCGCCCGAGGGAUGCCGAGGCGCCAUGGCCAGCGACGGCGCCAGGAGGCAGUUCUGGAAGCGCAGCAGCAGCAAGGUCCCGGGCAGCAUCAGACACGUGUAUGGCGCCCAGCACCCCCCCUUUGACCCGCUGUCCCAUGGCACCCUGCCCCAGGCCACUCCCAGCCCCCCCGCGAGGCCCCGGCGGGUCAGCACCUUCCAGGAGUUCGAGAGCGACACGAGCGACGCCUGGGACGCGGGCGAGGACGAUGACGGGCUGCUGGCCAUGGCGGCCGAGCAGCUGCACACGGACGUGGUCAUGGAGACGGCGCACCGCGUCCUGCGCGACCACAGCCAGCGGCAGGGGCAGCGGCAGCAGGGGGGCCCCGAGCCCCCGGCCACGCCGCCGCCGCCCAGCGGGGACCUGCGGCUGGUGAAGUCGGUCAGCGAGAGCCACGCGUCCUGUCCUGCAGAGAGCGCCGGCGCCCCCGCGCCCCUGCAAAGGUCCCAGUCGCUCCCGCACGCCGACUCCGUCCCGGGCCCCGCGGCCGAGGCGCCCGGCAGCGCGACGCUCAGCGAGAGGGAGGCCUCGCGGCUCCACAAGUUCCGGCAGCUCCUCGCCGGCCCCAACACGGACCUGGAGGAGCUGCGGAGGCUCAGCUGGUCCGGGAUCCCGCGGCCCGUGCGGCCCGUGGCGUGGAAGCUGCUCUCGGGCUACCUCCCCGCCAACGUGGACCGGCGGGCGGCCACCCUGCAGCGGAAGCAGGAGGAGUACUUCGCGCUCGUCGAGCAGUACUACGGCUCCCGCGAGGACGAGGCCCACCAGGACACGUACCGGCAGAUCCGCAUCGACAUCCCUCGGAUGGGCCCCGAAGCCUUGGUUCUUCAGCCCCGAGUGACGGAGAUUUUCGAGCGGAUCCUGUUCAUCUGGGCGAUCCGCCAUCCUGCCAGUGGCUACGUGCAGGGCAUCAACGACCUCGUCACGCCUUUCUUUGUCGUCUUCCUCUGUGAGCACAUAGAGGAAGAGGCCGUGGACGCCGCCGACAUCUCCCGCGUGCCCGAAGAGGCCCUGCGCAACGUGGAGGCCGACACGUACUGGUGCAUGAGCCGGCUGCUCGACGGGAUCCAGGACAACUACACGUUUGCGCAGCCCGGGAUCCAGGUCAAGGUGAAGAUGCUGGGGGAGCUGGUGAGCCGCAUCGACGAGCCCCUGCACCAGCACCUGGACCAGCACGAGGUGCGGUACCUGCAGUUCGCUUUCCGCUGGAUGAACAACCUGCUGAUGCGGGAGCUGCCCCUGCACUGCACCGUGCGCCUCUGGGACACCUACCAGUCGGAGCCCGAGGGCUUCUCCCAUUUCCACCUGUACGUCUGUGCCGCCUUCCUGCUGCGCUGGAGGAAGGAGAUCCUGCAGGAGCGAGAUUUCCAGGACCUGCUGUUGCUCCUCCAGAACCUGCCCACGGCCCGCUGGGGCGACCAGGACAUCAGCCUGCUGCUGGCCAACGCCUACCGCCUUCAGUUCGCCUUCGCCGACGCCCCCAACCACUACAAGCGCUGAGCCCCGCCGGCCGCAGCUGCCAAAGAGCCUCGGGGGUCCCGGCGCCCGCGUGCCCCCGCCGAGUGCCAAGCAGAGACCCCGCCUGGCCGGGGCGGGCGGCCGAGGGACCGGCGGGGGCGGGGCGCUGAGGCCCCCUUCCCCGGAGCCGCGUGGCUGCCGGACCCCAAAUGCCGC